GUUUGUUUUCACAUUUUGAAGACUGUUGCCUUGAACCUGUCGCGUCGGUAAACCUUUUGCGCGUGCAUUCGUUUGCCGAGCUUGGCCUUAACGCCUGCAUGGCGCAGCGAGCUAGCGCUCUAGCUCAAUUGGCGUGGGGCCUUCAUGGCGCCCAUGCCAGCUCAGCGUCGCGGAGGCUGCUGUCCACCAGCUCUGCCGCUGCCACGACAUCCUCCGCCGGGGGUGCCACGAAUGCGGUGGGCCAGAUGAUCGAGUAUGCGUUCAGCCAGCGGAAGGUCAACCCCAACAUGGCGGUGGACGUGCUGCUGUCUGGGCUGUCGUACGCCAGCCCCCAGUCCGACCCGGGGGCCGCGGCGCGCCUGCACCUGGCACUGGCACACAUCGAGGCGGAGCGCAAUGCAUGGGCCAAGGUAUCCAGCCACGCCGCCAGCGGUCUGGGCUUGUUGACGGCCUCCUCCACUUCCGCGUCGGCGUCGGCGGCGGCUUCGGCUGCGUCACAGCCCGCGGCCGCUGACCUAAUCAUGGGCGCGGCCGGCACCGGGGCGCGCGCGCUGCUCAUCCAGGGUCUGGAUGCGGAGGCGCUGGCACUGACGGAGCAGGCGGAGCGGGCGCUGCGUGCCGCCUCCUCGGCCUCCGCCUCCACCUCCUCCCCAGCGCCCUCAGCAGCUUCCUCGGCCCACACGCGGAGCCUCGGGCUCCUCGCGCUAACAGCACACGCCGCCGGCGGGCCCGCCGCCGCGUCAGCGGCAGCUAGCAGCCUGCAUGCGGCUUUGGGCCCCCACGCCGGGCUUUCGGCGGCGCUGAAGCAGCAGCCGGUGCUGGCAGACGCGGUGCAAACCCUGGGAUUGCUGGCGGCCGCGCGGGGCACAGACGCGGAGGCGGAAGCUGCUUUCGCGGCGGCUGCGGAGGGCGCCGCCGCGGCGCGGUCGGGAGCGGCGGCGGCAGCAGGCGGGAGCGGCCUGGAGGCGGAGGCGGCGCAGCAGCAUAGCUAUGAGGUCGAGGCUGACGCGCUGGCUGGGCGGGCGCAGCUGCAGAUGCGGGCCAAGGAGUGGGGGCAGGCGGAGGAGCUGCUGGGGGCGGCGCUCAAGGCGGCAGAGGCCUCCAGCGGCGACCGCAGCCCGGCGCUGGCGCCGCUGCUGACCCUGCUGGGCUACACCUACAGUCGCUCCGCGCGCGUCACUUUUGCGGAGGGCCUGUUUCGCGAGGCCGCCAAACUGCUCCGGCUGGACCCGGGCCGGCAGCAGCCGCCGCCGGACGGGCCGGCGGCGCGCGCGGCGGCGGCGGGCGCGGGCGUGCAUGCGUCCGCGGCCGCCGUGCUGGCGUGGCGCUACGCGCAGCUGCUGUGGGUGCUGCCCAACCGAGCCGGCGAGGCGGCCAAGUGGGAAGCGUUCGCGCGGCAGUACUGGGCGGGCAGCGGGCGGCUGGGGGCAGCCGACAUCGCGGGCGUGCUGGGAGGCGAGGGGCACCUCAAGGGCGAGGGCGAGGGCGGGUCGGGGGUGCUGCUCAGCACGCGCUUCAGGCGGGCGUGGCAGUGCGAGUGACUGCACAUGUAGCAAGCAAGGGAUGGGGUGGGUGGGCUAGAUACGUAGCCGG